GUGUAGAAGGGUCUGAUGAAAGAGAUCAAGUGGCGAAUAAAAAAGUUCUGUAUAUUAAUAGGAAGGAAUUGCCAGCUCAAAGUCAGAGAUCGCAAUUCAAUCCAACACGCAGUGGCGUCCCUUUGCCUUGCCUCGUUGGACCUCUGCAAUUGAAACUCCCUCUUUACCGUUUCUCAACAUUUCCCCCUUUUUGUCUUCCGCCGAUCCUCCGCGACGCUUAAUUCCCUUUUGUAUUCGCUAAUUCUUCCAUUUUCUCUCCUGCCCGAUCUCCUUUGUCCCACCGGAAUGUCAUACGCCUACCUUUUCAAGUACAUCAUCAUUGGUGAUACUGGAGUUGGAAAAUCAUGUCUUCUUCUCCAGUUUACCGAUAAGAGAUUCCAGCCUGUUCAUGACUUGACUAUUGGUGUAGAAUUUGGUGCGAGGAUGAUCACCAUCGACAACAAACCAAUCAAGUUGCAAAUUUGGGAUACGGCUGGUCAAGAAUCCUUCAGGUCUAUUACGAGGUCCUACUAUAGAGGGGCUGCUGGUGCAUUGCUUGUCUAUGACAUCACGAGGAAAGGGAAGAAGGGGGAACAAGUGAUGAGGGAGACUUUUAAUCACUUGGCUAGCUGGCUUGAAGAUGCAAGACAACAUGCUAAUGCAAACAUGACAAUAAUGCUGAUAGGUAACAAGUGUGAUCUUGCACACCGAAGGGCGGUCAGCACUGAGGAAGGGGAGCAAUUUGCAAAGGAGCAUGGCUUAAUUUUUAUGGAGGCCUCUGCUAAAACUGCUCAAAAUGUUGAGGAGGCAUUCAUUAAAACUGCUGCAACCAUAUAUAAGAAGAUCCAGGAUGGAGUGUUUGAUGUAUCUAAUGAGUCAUAUGGGAUAAAAGUUGGAUAUGGUGGAAUCCCAGGGCCAUCAGGAGGCAGAGAUGGUACUACAGCUCAAUCUGGGGGUUGUUGCAGUUAAAUCUUGCCACUCGAUCUAGUUCAAGCUUUGAUGUUCUCGCUAAAUUCCUUUGUUAAUUAUGAGUGUCAGAAAACUCCCCCUCCCCCUCCCCCUCGAAAAAGAAGGGAAAAAAGGUAAACCCAUAAUAGUUUUAUCAGGUAUUUGUAUAAUCUCAUUUGAUGUGUUAUGCUUUUUUUCUUCUUUUCAACAAGUUAACUCGAUCAUAUUUUAUUGUAAAGGUAAAUUCAUAUUGGUGCAUGUUAUUUGUGACAAAACUGCAUUCACUUUUAUUGGUUAGUAUAUAAUUUGUACCUGACGUUUUAUAUAUCCAGCAAGAUGAACAAACUCA